AUGCGGUCGCUGGACGUCGCUGUCAACUACGAGCACGACCUCGACCGCGCCUUGCGCUGGCUCCUGGCCCACACCAUCAAGCCGCAGAGCCGGACACUCGUCGAUGCGAUUGACGCGAGCGGCACGGGCCACGCCUGCGCCGUCCGCCUCCACCUCCGGGACACCCCCGCCAGCGCCGUUCUCGAUCCGUGCAAAUGA